UGCUGCCGUUGGAGACGCCAGUUGCGUGUCCGGCCGCCGGAGGGUGAGGAGCUCCGUCCGGUUCCCGUAGGGACGGGUCGCGGGGCCUGGUCACGGAAAUGUCCGAGUGGAGCUGGGCCGCCGAGUACGCCUACAAGCUCCCCGCCGCCACCAUGUGCGAAUUCUGCUCGGUGAUGGACUCGCUGGGCAGCGGCGACUGGAACCGCUUCGCCUCCUCCCUUGUCAGUGACAUGACUGAACUUCGAUUGCUGGAGAGCAGAGGCAAACCCGGUCGGACGCAGAAUGUCAUGUGGUACUGGAUGAACCGUAAUGGGACUGUGGGAGAGCUGCUGCACAUUCUCACCAGUCUAAACCUCGGGCGAGCCAGGGACAUCAUCCUGUCAGGGAGGCCAAGCAUAUGCCCACUGCUGCCCCCCAGGACGGACACCUACAUCCCGCGACCACCUGCAGAGCCGUUACCGGAACCCAGCCCAGUGCCGAGCAACUGGUCAGAGCCCAGGAAGAGCCAGCGCUGGAAAGCGAGUGAGCAGCCAACGGUGACUGUCAACACUCCCUUGCCAAAACCAGUGUUACCGCGUCCACCCACACCUCCCAACAAUCUGCUCACAGAUGUCACCCAAUCCAACAUUAGUAGCAAGGACAGUUGGAGUAAGGAUUCUGCCUCACUAUCUUCGACGUCCUCCUCCACAAUGACCAAGUCCCUGUUCUUUUGGCCUCUCCAUGAACUCCGAGCGGGUACCUGUGACUUUGCAGACAGCCAGAAGAUCGGUGAAGGAGGGUUCGGCUGUGUGUACCGAGCACUGAUGCGCCACACCGAGUACGCUGUGAAGAGACUGAAGGAGGAUUCCAAUUUGGAUUGGAAAUCUGUGAGAGGGACUUUUCACACGGAACUGGAGAAGCUCUACCAGUACCGACACCCAAACAUCGUGGAUUUGGCUGGUGGCUGUGUGCAGGACGGCGUGUACUGCCUGGUGUACGUUUACAUGCCCAACGGAUCUCUGCAGGACCGGCUCCAGUGCCAGGAUGGCACCGCUCCACUCCCUUGGCUGAGGCGACUGGACGUGGCUUUGGGAACUGCCCGUGCGAUACAGUUCCUGCACUCGAGCAAGCCCGGCCUCAUCCACGGAGAUAUCAAGAGUUCCAACAUCCUCCUGGAUGAGAAUUUUGUUCCAAAGCUUGGGGACUUUGGGCUGGCACGUUUUAGCCGAUACUCCAAUAACCCUGGGAAAAGCUGCACGGUAGCGAAGACCCAGACGCUGCGGGGAACCUUGGCAUACCUUCCUGAUGAAUACAUCAAGAGUGGGCAGCUGUCCGUGGAGCUAGACACCUACAGUUUCGGAGUGGUCCUGUUGGAGAUCCUCACUGGACGCAAAGCCUUGGAGAGCGAUGGGUCAGCCAAGCCCAAGUACCUGAAGGAUCUCGUCGAGGAGGAGGAGUGCGAUGAUGGCGAGGCAGAGGGACGGAGCUUGCGGGUCGCUGAUCGCAUCUGCCGCUGUCACCUGGACAGGAAGGCUGGAAGGUACCCAGGCUGUCUCCCCGUCCAGCUCUGCGCUCUCGCCUGCGAGUGCCUGCAGCGCCGGAGAAAGAGAAGACCGAAAAUGGCCAAGGUUUAUGAGCAGCUGAAGACUCUGAGGACGCUUGGCCAGGCCUCUGGUCCAGCAGAAGGUCAGUUUGACGCUGGCUCACAGCACGGAGGGGGCUCGGAGCCAGUGGACGCCCUGGCGGAGAGGUUGCGGAGCUCCUCGCUCAGUCCUGUGGAGGACACUUACAGAUUCGCCUCACAGUUACACCAGCCCCUGGACCACGGCCGCGCUCAGACCCUCCCUGGACCCUCAGUCUCCUGCGAUGCUCGCCCAUCCCUGUGCCACUCACGGCCGGAGCGCAGACACGGUGACUGUAGCUCAGUGCCCUCCCUCUCCUCCUACAGCAGGCGGUGUCAGCCCGUGGAGAGCAAGGAGAGCUCCAUCGAUGAUGGAGGUGGUGACGGCAGCAGACUGCCCCAGUGGAACUGUAAUACCAAACCCUCCUUGCCAGCUUACACUCCCCUGCCUCUACACAAGGACUCUCGAUGUUUGGCACCAAGUGGCCAACCUGGGUUAUCCCGAUCAGAGGCUGUCGGUGACUCACCAGGAGCUGCAGCUUUGUCUAUCGCAAGCACUUCUCAAGAUUCGUCAAUCCCCAGUCACCAGAUCAUAGUCAACCCAGCGAAGCAGAGGAUCCUGGAACAGUUUGCACUUUAUAACGCGGGACAGAUUGACAGCAGCGAGCUGCUGUGCUCCGACCCCAGGCAUGUAUUUUUAAUGCUUGCACUCUCAUCUGAUGUAUCCAAGCUUCCAACAGAAGGUUCAUACUCAUUGUCAUCUUCUGAGCUCAACAUCUGGACGUAAUUUGUAAAAAAAAAACCGAAUGACAGUGUGCGCCCAAAAGCAGUGCGUCGACGCUUCUUGCAAUGCCUGAGGCGGAAGAGACACAGCUACCAGACGUAUGUGUCACCGAGUGUACUCGCUUCUAGCUGAGAAGGGCCCAGAAAUGCCGAGAAUUGACGUAUAAACUCAUCUGUGGCUGUUUUUAAACUGAUAUGUUUUGGACGAGUUUACUCGUCGCACUCUGAAAAAGACACGUUGGGUGAGGACAAGUGAACUCGUCUUUGCCGGGUAAGGGGUUAAAUGGAGAAAGACUGCAGAAAGCUGUCGAACCGAAGGAUGUGGGAGUCCUCACCUGUGAAUCACAAAUCCCUAUCAUCCGAGUUCGUCGGGGAGUAGGGAAGGCAAAAGCAACUUUAGCCUUUGUUUCACAGGGAAUGGAGUAUAUAUAUGAGGGAAGGUUGAGCUAAAACUAUACAAGGCAUUGCUCAGACCACACCUGGAAUACCGUUGAUGCGUUUGGGGCCCUCUAUCUAAGGGAAGACAGACUGACACUGGAGGCAGUCCAGAGAAAGCUUACCCACCCAGCUGCUCCCAUGGAUGGAGGGGACUGCCUUAUGAGGAAAGGUUGAGUAGGUAUUGCCCGUGCUCAUUGGAGUUAGAAGAAUGAGAGGUGACCUUAUUGAAACAGUCAGUAUUCCCGAGGAGCUUGACGAGGGAGGUGUGGAGAAGUGAUGUCCCUUUGUAGCACAGUCUGGACCAGAAUAAGGAGUCGCCCAUUGAAGACCGAGAUGGGGAGUUCCUUCUCUCUGAGGGAAGUGAAUCUGUGAAGACCUUUACCACAGAGGGCUGUCAAGGCUGGGUCAUGAAACAUAUUCAAGCCUGAAAUAGAUUUUUAAAUCAGUAAGGCGGCAGGGGAGUGAAGAUGAUUUGGGGGGGGGAGGCAGGAAAGUGAAGUUGAGGAUGAGUGAUUAACCAUAUCCUGGUGAGUCGACAUCUGGAGGACUGUGAACAGUAUUGGUUUCCUUACUUGAUGCUAGUGCAUCAGAGGCAGUUCAGGGAGGGUUUACCCAGACUGAUCCCUGGAAUGGAAUGGGCUGCCUGAGGGAGAAAGGUUGGACAGACUGGGCUUGUGUCUGGGCUGGAGUUUAGAAGAAUAAGGAGACUUGAUUCAAACAUCUAAGGUCCUGAGGAAUUCCUGAGAUCCUUUGGAACCAGAAAGGAGGUCACCCCUGUUCAGAGUUUUCUGUAAGCCUCCAAAUAGUUCCAGAGAUGUAGAGGAAAGGAUAGCAAGGAUGACUCUGGAUAGGAGCGAGAGUGAUAGGGUAAUUGUUGUGGGGGACUUUAACUUUCCAAAUAAAGACUGAAAAUGGUAUACCUUGAGUACUUUGGAUGGGUCAGUUUUUGUCCAGUGUGUGCAGGAGAGUUUCCUGACACCAGAUGUAGACAGACCAACAAGGGGCGAGGCCACUUUGGAUUUGGUACUGGGGAAUGAACCUGGCCAGGUGUUAGGUUUGAAGGUAGGUGAGCACACUUUGGUGAUAGUGAGCACAAUUCAGUUAUGUAUAUUUCAGUGAUGGAAUGGGAUUGGUAUAUACCACAGAGCAAGAGUUAUUGCUGGGGGAAAGGCAACUAUGAUGCAAUUAGGCAAAAUCUAGGAUGGGGAAGGAAGCUGCAGUGGAUGGGCACAAUAGAAAUGUAGAGCUUGUUCAAGCAACGACUACUACGUGUCCUUGAUAAGUACGUACCUGUCAGGCAGGGAGGAAGUGGUUGAGCGAGGGAGCCAUGGUUUACAAAAGAUGUUGAAUCUCUUGUCAAGAAGGUUUAUGUUAGGAUGAGAGGUGAAGGUUCAGUUAGGGUGCUUGAGAGUUACACAUUAGCCAGGAAAGACCUAAAGAGAGAGCUAAGAAGAUUCAGGAAGGGACAUGAAAGGUUGUUGGUGGAUAAGAUAAAGGAAACCUGAAAGUUUUCUAUAGGUAUAUCAGGAAUAAAAGAAUGACUAGAGAAAGAGUAGGGCCAAUCAAGGAUAGGAGUGGGAAAUUAUGCUUGGAGUCUGAGGAGAUAGGGAAAGCGCUAAAUGAAUAUUUUUUGUCAGUAUUCACACUGGAUUGGAAUUGAGGUUCACAAGGAGGAGUUAACAAUUCUGGAAAGUGUGAAAAUAGAUAAAUCCCCUGGGUCGGAUGGGAUUUAUCCCCGGAUUCUCGGGAAAGCCAGGGAGGAGAUUGCAGAGCCUUUGGCUUUGAUUUUUAUGUCGUCAUUGUCUACGGGAAUAGUGCCACGAGACUGGAUGACAGCAAAUGUUGUCCCCUUGUUCAAGAGAAGUAGAGAUAGGGUAAUUAUAGACCAGUGAGCCUUCAUUCAGUUGAGUAAAGUGUUGGAACCGGUUAUAAGAGAUAAGAUUUAUAAUCAUCUAAAAAGGAAUAUGUUGAUUCGGGAUAGUCAGCACGGUUUUGUGAAGGUUAGGUAGGUCGAGCCUCACCAACCUUAUUGAGUUCUUUGAGAAGGUGCCCCAACAGGUGGCUGAGGGUGAAGUGGUUGAUGUGGUGGAUAUGGAUUUGAGGAAGGCAUUUUGAUAAGGUUCCCCACAUUAGGCUGUUGCUUUUGGAGUACUGCCCUUUCGUCAGGUGCACUGUUGGGACUAUAACCUGGUGUCGUGUGACUCCUGACUUUGUCCACCCCAGUCCCAACACCCGCAGCUCCACAUAACGCUUUUGGGAAGGUGAAUCGAUUCUUCGAGCAGGGAAAGGGAUCAUGGGGUCAUCAGAUCAGCCAGGCUUGCCUUGAUUGGGGGCACCAGGCUCAAGAGGGGCCGAGUGACCACCACCUUGCUGGUGAGACUGUUCUUGUCGAGGGCGGUGAGUUUACGAAGACUGUGUUGUUGU